AGCAGCCAAUAUGGCGGCGGAGCGCGGCGAGGGGCAGCAACAGUCGCAAGAGAUGAUGGAGGUUGACAGGCGGGUUGAAUCUGAAGAAUCAGGUGAUGAGGAAGGGAAGAAGCACGGCGCUGGCAUCGUGACAGACCUCAGUGAGCAAAGCCUGAAGGAUGGAGUAACACGAGGGGCAGAGGACCCAGAAGAGGAACAUGAGCUGACAGUGGAUAUGGAAACCAUCAGCCUAGAUGGAGAUGCAGAGGAUGUUGAUCUGAAUCAUUAUCGAAUUGGAAAGAUUGAAGGUUUUGAGGUGCUGAAGAAAGUGAAGUCACUCUGCCUUCGUCAAAACUUAAUUAAAUGUAUUGAAAACCUGGAGGAACUACAGAGUCUUCGAGAACUGGAUCUCUAUGAUAAUCAGAUCAAGAAGAUUGAGAAUCUUGAAGCGUUGACAGAAUUGGAGGUUCUAGAUAUUUCUUUUAAUCUGCUGAGGAACAUUGAAGGGAUUGACAAACUGACACGGCUGAAAAAACUCUUCUUGGUCAACAAUAAAAUCAAUAAAAUUGAGAAUAUAAGCAGCUUACAUCAACUGCAAAUGCUAGAGCUGGGAUCUAACCGGAUCCGGGCAAUUGAAAAUAUCGACACAUUAACCAACUUGGAGAGUUUGUUUCUGGGGAAAAACAAAAUUACAAAACUUCAGAACCUGGAUGCACUUACCAACCUGACAGUCCUCAGUAUGCAGAGCAACCGGCUAACAAAGAUAGAGGGUCUACAGAGCUUGGUGAACCUGCGGGAGCUGUACCUCAGCCACAAUGGCAUCGAGGUUAUCGAAGGCCUGGAGAACAACAACAAACUCACCAUGUUGGAUAUUGCAUCAAAUAGAAUAAAAAAGAUUGAAAAUAUCAGUCAUCUAACAGAACUGCAAGAAUUCUGGAUGAAUGACAAUCUCCUGGAGAGCUGGAGUGACCUUGAUGAGCUGAAGGGUGCCAGGAACCUGGAGACCGUGUACCUGGAGCGCAACCCCCUGCAGAAGGACCCACAGUACCGGCGGAAGAUCAUGCUGGCCCUACCCUCCGUUCGGCAGAUCGAUGCCACAUUCGUCAGGUUCUGAGUCCUUCCUCUUCACCUGGUCCCUCUUUUCAAAAGAACUUCCCAGCCACGGUUUUUUAAUCUACCUAUGCUCCUGAAGUUGUCACUAUACCAACAGUCACAACCCAAUGGCAAUAAUAAGGCAUUGGUGGUACCUGGCCUGUGAUGCCAUACACCAUUUGGAGAUGCCAACACUAUUAAAUCUUGCCACAUGGUCUUCCUGGUGAAUUGAUGAUGGUUAUUGUAGCCAUGGAGAGAAUGCAGGACUUUUCACAGUCAUUUGUUCUUCCUGUCUGUCUGUGUCCUUAGAUUGGUGGGCAUUCUGGGCUGCCCUAGCAGGCCUUCAAGUCAGUUUUCAGGUCUUAAGUAAUCAUGACCCACAACAGCACACUUGAUAGUCUUUCAGACCAAUUUUGGAAAGAAAAAAUAUUUUCUUGGCCAAUUUUGAAAAAAAAAAUUUUUGAGUAAAAGAUGAUCCAAUCUCCAAAGCUGUAAUCCUUAGAGUCCUUCUGCCAUGAGUAAUGACUGAGCAUGCUCGGUGCUGUAUGACCUUGUUCCCACUUGGUAAAAGCUGAACUAUGGAGAACUUCACUCCAUAUUGCCCAGCUAAUGUUGAACGUGCAUAACUAAGCUCUUGGCCACUGGUUACUAGUUACAUGGCCUCCUAUUCUCACCCGUAAUCCUCUGGCCUUAUUUAGAUGAAAUUUCUGUGAGCAAACUCCUAGCGUGUGAAUCUAAUGCUGAAAGAGCAUUGUUAUCCAUCUGCGUUUCACAUUUCCUCUUUCACCCAGUAAGGACUAAAUAUGGUCACCAAAGACCCCUCAGCUUCCAGGGAUCUAGUUCUACACCGUCCAAAAUGGGACCACUAACCGCCUCAUGUGGCGGUUACUGUUCAUACCUAAGUCCAUUGGGUUCACUCUGUCUCUUCAUUUGUGCUUACACUUAAUCUGCUCAGAGACCACAUCCCAUGAAAGGCAUCCCAUUUACAUCACAGAAGAUUCCAGAAAGCACUGAUCUCAGCUUUGUUCAGUAUCAGGGGGAUAGCCUGCCCUGAGUUGUGAGGCAUGUGCCCAGGUGUCCAAGGUAACCGUUGGCCAACUGCCUGGGAGUUUGUAAUGUCAGAAUGGUUAUAUGGGAUUUAACAACCAUUUUCUGAUUCUAAUUCUCACCAGAAUAAACUAUAUGAUCUGACUCUA